UUUAAAUACCAGACAGUUUUCUGUCGUUCCUUCCUUCCAGCACUCUCAUUCUUUCCGAGUGUCUAUUCACCUUCAGACUGCUGCGCAGUUUGAUAACUUCAAGACUCAUUCCUUCAGUCGGACUUCUAUCGGCUCGUCGAUCUUAACUUUCUUUACAAACCAAGAUAUCAGUCUCAUAUCAAUCAUGGCUCCUCUUGCUAAGACCCUCGCCCUGGCCGGCGCUCUUUUCGCCGCCAUUGCAUCGACCGCCCCCGUGCAGAAGCGCGAGGAUGGUGUAUCCAGCACCAAAACCGUUGUCCAAUGGACCACCGUAACGGUUACCGAAGUCAUCACCGAGGACCGGCCCACCCAGACUGCCACUCAGCCUGUUGUUUCCGUUCCCGCAUCCUCCGCCGCUCCCAUUGUGACUUCUCAGCCGGAGGCUAAGUCUGCUGAGGUUCCAGACGAGCCUGAGGAGACUCCUGAGCCCGAGCAGCCCUCGUACACCGUCCAGCCGGUGUGGUCUACCAGCGCCGCUCCUGAACCUACUACCCCCACCACUGUCGCACCGGAGCCUACCAAGCAGCCAGAACCCUCGACCGCCAGCGCCCCUCCCGCUGUCGAGCCUACUCAGUCUAGCACCACCUCCGCCGCCCCUCAGCCAACAGGCAGCAGCUCUGGUGGGUACAGUGGCUCCUGCUCCGAGGGAUCCCCAUGCACAGGCCAGGUCACCUUCUAUGAUACCGCUACCUCUAUGCUCAACCCCAGCAGCUGUGGAGUCACCAGCGAUGGCGCCAAUGAAGACGUGCUGGCCCUCCCCGUUGGCAUCAUGCAGGACGGCCACUGCGGUCGCAGGGUAUCCAUCAAAUACAAUGGUCAGGUCAAGCACGGCAAGGUCGUCGACAAGUGCAUGGGCUGCGACUCGUCUUCCAUUGACUUGUCGCGUCACUUGUUCAAUGAACUGGCCGAUGAGUCUGCCGGUCGUCUCCACGGUGUUGAGUGGUGGAUCGAAUAAAUGCGUUGAACGCUAGCCUCUUCUGCUUCUUGCUUCUUUUCCAACACCUGAUGGUUGUUUGUUUCUCUUGGCUUCCAUUCUUCGAUAUCCAUCACGCUUUUCUUCUUCACCUUCUCGACUUUCUUUUAUACAUACUUUACACACAAAUCGCUCCACUGGAGCAAUUGAUCUAUGUUCAUAGAUUUUUUUUUUUCUUUUUCGGGUUAUUUAAAUCCACAUUUAUAUUCGGCGAACAAGAAGCAGCAUGCUGGACGCAUCUUAUCUAUGACACGAUACCACGACACUGGGACGGGCGCAUUGCAGAUUGGACGGAAUCGGGUAUUCUAUC